GGUCAGAGUCAGAAAGUGACAAAAGAUACAACAAUGGCGAGCAGAAGCAAGAAGAAGAAGAUGGUUCUUAAGACAGUCUCUGUAGUAGACAUCGGAUGCGGCAACUGUAAGUUCCCAACCUUGUCAUCUUUUUUCAACCGUUUCUCCAAAAAGCCACGCCGCUACUCUUCUAACUACGGACACUACCACUCUUCCACCACCACCGCCUCCUCCUCCUCCGCUAUUCCCUCCACCACCCAUUGGUUCUCCGACAACACCUCUUCCUCCUCCGCUACACCCUCCCACGCAGCCGUCGCCGUCGAGAAAGACUCCGACGACCCUUACCUUGACUUCCGUCAGUCUAUGCUCCAGAUGAUUCUCGAGAACGAGAUUUACUCCAAAAACGACCUCAGAGAGCUUCUCAACUGCUUUCUCUCACUCAACGAGCCUUACUACCACGGCAUCAUCAUCCGCGCUUUCUCCGAAAUAUGGGAAGGUGUUUUCUCCGCCGCCGUCAAACGCCGUGGCGCCGUCCAAGAGUCUCCCCUCGUCCGUCAUCAUGCGCCGUCACGUGCAUCACGUGGUUACCAUAAUCUCUACCACCGAUCGAUGUAAAAUGUAACUCGGGUUGUUGGUAAUAACUCUUUUAAAUAAGUAUACUACGUGACCAAUAAUGUAUUGACACGUUGACUAUCCCUUUCAGCUACUACGACGUGUCAAUAUAUUAUUGGGUUUGUACUUUUUUAACUACUUAUCUUUGGUUUGGGAUUUUCUUGUUUGUCUUUGAACCAAGUGUAACAACAACAAUGUAAGAAUGUUAUGUGAAAUGAUGUUUCGU